GACCCAUUUCACAAAGGCUCUCCAUUCUGCUGCUUCCGAUAAAUGAUGGUACUUUUCACGCCUCGAUGUUAAGAACGAGGUCGAAUUAAUAUUGAAGCAAAGGGCAAGUAAAAUGUUUCUGUGGGUCCAUCUAUCACUGGAAUAUUUGCGCAGGAUUAAAGCAAAAGAGCCCGAUACAUUUGUCGCCAAGUUAAAGGCUGUGCCUCCCGACACCAAAGGCCUCUAUUCUAUACUCUUAGCCACCAUUUCGAAGGACCAGGACCCCGAAGGGCAAGAACAAAUCCGACUGAUACUGACACUCCUCGUAUAUGGUUUGCAUAAAGAGUUGUCCGAAGUUCCGGGUUUUCUCUCUGCUGUCAACUACAAACCUGGGAAGCAAUGGUCAAAUCUCACUGCCCGAGAUGUUCUGGAUUCAUGCCCUACGAUUGUUGAGCUAACCUCCUCAUCACCUCAGAAGUUUCGAUUGAUUCAUUUUUCAGUUAAGGAAUUCAUUCAAACAUUAGCAGAGUACAGUCCCGAGACCGCGCAUGCUCGCAUGGCCGCACAUUGCAUGUCUUAUCUCAAUGAUCACCAGCCCUCUAGCCUAUGGAUACGAACCCCUUCUGCCCCCACCUCCUGGUGGUUGGACAAAAGCAAGAAUACCUUUGACGCGUACGCCUCAAGAUCAUGGCUUGUUCAUUGUGCUCAGGCUGGAAAGCUAAGACAAGAAGCACCUCUUGCAAGACACUUGCAAGGUUUCUGGUCCGCCGAAAACGAGUUUAGGGAGUUUCCUUUUGACAGACGGGUCAAAAGCUUUACCCUGCGGUAUCGCAAGUCUCUUUCGCAAUUGAUCGACGGCGGAUACAACGCCCUAGUCGUGGAUUCGAAGCCAACUCUCUUCUAACUAGCCUGUCGGUAUGACUUCAGAGAGGUCAUUGAAGCACUCUUGUCUCGGGGAUGGGACAUCAACCGACCUGUGGUGACGCAAACCGGGCUUUCCUUUGCAUGUGGCGCAAGUCACUUUGAGCUCGCAUCUUACCUGAUCGGAUGUGGCGCGA